AAUCGAAGAUCUUCUGAGUUCUGAUUCUUCUCGAAAAGUACUUAUGCUAUGGCGUACGACCGGAUUCUGAAGAUUAGUUGACUUUCAGCUUAGAAGCUGUCAGACGAUUUAGAACUUACACUAUAAUGAUUGUAAAUUCAGUAAUUAUUCGUACAACAAUCAACGCAUCUGAUUGUGAGUCGAUCUGACAUCAGUUGAGUGUUAACUGUUAUGAUCGUGAAAUUAGGAUGUUCUAAUCUACCCUUAUUACACCUUAAGGGAAUGAGGAGUCGGAUCUGACAUGUUCCCCCACAGAUAUCAGUGGGCGUGCUUGUUUUUAUUUGCGGGACAGUUGCAGUACUUCGUUUAUAUCGGCUGUUUUUGCACGUAGCUUGUAAGUUUUGAUCUUCCGGAGACAAGUGGAUUUAGCUGAGCUACCAGGACAAUGAGUGGGUCUAAAAAUUCAGCAGUGCCUGCUGGAAACCAGCCAGCACUGGUGCGUCCUCCGAAACCUUUCGAGCCUGAAGGACAGUUUAUUUUGCGACUGCCUAAACCAGCUGCCGAACUGAUAAGAAUUGCGCUUUCGUCUCCUAAGGAUAUGUUGAAGGAACGCUUGAAGAUAGAUAUGCAGCCAGAUAUGCGGCACGCAAAAGUGUACGUGGACAGCAUGGAAUUUUAUUCUAAACUGGUCGAUUUGCCUUGUAUUAUCGAGUCGCACAAAACGAUUGACAGGAAAACUUUCUACAAAGCAGGUGAUAUCUGCCAGAUGUUGUUAGUUUCGGAUGACGUAAACCCUCCGCCAGAACCAGACGAGCCGAAAGUGCAGCCGCGUCCGGAUGAAAUAAACAAGGAUAAACGUUAUCAAUUUCCGCAUGGAUUGACACCGCCACUGAAAAAUGUGCGUAAAAGUCGAUUUCGCAAGACUCUUAAAAGAAAAGACGCGGAACUGCAGGAGAUUGAGAAUGAGCUGAAGAGACUUUUGCGGGCCGACAGUGAGGCGAUACGAGUAAAGCGUGAAAUAAUUACGGAAGAUGAUAUCAGAGAAGGUGACAAGAGUUUCGACACCGGCGAUGCUGACACGGCAUCGGAAUCCGGGCUCUCCAAGCACAGAAAUUUGACAGCACAUGAUUUAUUUGGUGAUAUCAAGGACCUGGGCACUUCGUCGGAAGAUGAAGACGACCGUAAUGAUACGGCACCGCCUAGUGUGGAUAUGAGCGAUGAAAACAACUUGGCGCUAGACUUCAUAGACUAAUUAAUGUUAGUUGUAUACAUUAUCGCUAAUGCUGGUGACUUGUGUAGAUGCACGAGAUGGUUCGAAAAAGUGUGCGCUGUUUGUAUGUCUGAUUUUUGGCAAUUAUGCCUUAACAAGGUUAUUAUGAAUUACCAGUCUGUACAGAAAUGAGUGUACCAGAAAAAUGAGGUUGUAUGUCCUUUCCUUGUGUUGAUAAUUCAUCUACACCUUAAAAUUUAAUUAUGGA